AUUAACCAGUCCUAGUUUCCUCUUAACAAAAGGAGCUUGGACAAUUUGUAAUUUUAAUGUUACAGGCUGCUCUUGUCUUUUGUAAAGCCCCAUUGGUCCCGCAGUGGAAAAGCAGCUGGUGACUCACCUCCUCAGCUAUGAGGCGGAGCUACGAGUUCGAAGCUGAACAGCAAAGCAAACUCAGAAGGGGCUGUGUACCAUUUGUUCUGCACACAGAGGGAACUACUUCCAGACCUGGAACUGACUCUCACAGAACCGGACCUAAAGCCUGAAUGACUCUGGAAACCAGACAAUCACAUGAGGACUGACAGAAGAAUUUAAAACCUAAAAGAGCAUUACAACUGAAGACACUGAAGAAACUUGUUUGGCAGGAUUUGUUGUUGUUAGUAGGUGUAGACUUUGUAUAUGAAGUGGUUUCCACAUUAGAUUAGGACAAUCAUCUCACCGUUAAAAUGCAACCUAACUCUACUUUACAACUCAUUGAGGACUGUGAUGCCACAAACAAGACACUGUAUAAGUUCUAUGCAGCUGUCAUGAUUGUGAUUUUCACCUUGGCUUUGCCUCUGAAUGCAUCUGUCCUGCACCUCUUCAUAUUCAAGCUGAAAUUCUGGAAAUCCAACACCAACAACAUCUUCCUGUUCAACCUGGUGCUGGCAGACAUCCUCCUGCUCUUCUGUUUGCCCAUUAAGGCACACAACUUCAUCAAUGGAGAGAGGAGGAGUAAGAACGAAAGCAUUUGCAAAGCUAUGCUCUUCAUGUUGUUUUUAAACCGAGGCGCCAGCAUUGCCUUCCUCACGGUGACUUCCAUCGAUCGAUAUUUCAACGUGGUACACCCUGGUCGAAAGAAUCUCCUAAGGGCUCUAAAGAAAUCUCCUCAGAUCUCUAUCGUCAUCUGGCUACUUCUUCUGCCCCUCACCAUUCCCACCAUGCUCCAGAACUUCGAAUGCUGCAACAGCCACAAGUCGAGCAAAGACGACACCUUGGUUAAGGAUGUGGUGGACAGUUUGCGAGAAGCGGUCUUCUUUACCCAGAUCAUCAUCCCAUUCGUCAUCCUGGUCUACUGCACAGUGCACAUCGUCAACCGGCUCAGGAAGAAAACAGUCGGGGAUAGGACCAAGCUGAGGAGGGCGGUCUUUCUAGUGACCUCCGUCAUGGUGGUGUUCUCCUUCUGCUUCCUCCCCUGCACCAUAGCCAGGAUGGUUCUGCUGAUCACCCGGGUCCAAGAGGCGGAUGAAUACUACCAGGAUAAAGCGGCUGUGGCCUUCGACGGUCUCAUGGUCCUCUCCUACAUCGACUGUCUACUGGAUCCGCUGAUCUACUGCUUCUGUAGCACCAAGUUCAAAGCUCUUUAUCUCUCCACCUACUUCCCAUGCAUACUGAAAAACCAACAAGUGCCAUUAGACAGCUCAACCGAAAACAAAACGCAUCACACGUGCAAAACUGUCAUUUGAAAUGCAUGGAAAACAGAUGCUGGAUGGAUUCUGUACAGUGUGCUGACACAGCAGAGACUCGUGUCCCAUAAAUGUACCUUCUUUAGGGACGAGGACUCUGAGGUAAAGUGCACCAUGAAGACAAGACGUGCUGUAAUUAUUUAAGUUUCUAUUUUCUAUUGAUUGUUAAAUAAUAAAUAUAUAGAGAGGGAUAGUUAUGGUUAUGGUUUUAUAAGAGCUUUUUUUAAAGGGAAUGCCCCUCAGCUAAAGUAUGCACAUCUGCUUUUCUAUUUUUCUUGGACGGCAAGAUGAGUUGUGGCCAAGAAAAAUUCCUUUCAAGUGUCAGAGGCCAAAAAAAGAACAAGAAUCUUAUCUGUCAAAUCAGACCAAUCUCACACAGCCUUUAUCUAAGCUUUCACAGUCAAACAGGCAUUAGUGUCUAAUAUAACCAUGUCAAUCGAAAGUGUUUAAAUCUUGUCAAAUACAUUCUCUAUGAAGCUGUAUGAUGGGUAAAAAUGUGAUUCAAUUAUAGACAGUAUUCACUAACAUGGUUUCAGCAGGGGUGUGCAUGUAACUGACACCAAAAUAGACGCAAAUUAGGCCCCUGUUACAUAAGACUUAAUCCUAAAGGCUCAUACAGGAAGCUGACGAUUUAAUGCUGAUUUAUUAUUAAACUGUAUAUAAGUUCAAACAGUAUGUGGAGAGGCAAUAGUGGGAUUCAACUGUACAUAGUUUCUGUCCAGGAUACUUUUUUUUUGUAAGUACAUUUUAAUAAUAUUACAGAAAACUGUCCCUCAUUACGUUGAAGACAGCUUCUUCGUUAACCAUUAACCCAGCACAUAAAAUGACACGUCGCAAAGAUGUAACAUCCUUCCGAAAAGUCCCUUACAAUAUAAAUCAUGAAUCAUGCCAUAGCAGAAACCAGACAAAGCUACACUUGACCCAGACCUUCAUAGAAACCUCAUUUUACCUGUACUGUGUGAAUCACCUGGAUGGUCUCACUCACCAUGAUGAUAGCAUUAGUACUAAUACAGCGAGUCAGGGUAUGCCUGUUGUUCACUGUCUAGCUAUAAAUAGAUCCCUUACUCACUUUUGUUUGAUUUGAUGAUAAAAAUGCAUCAUAGUGUAUCACAGAAUAUGUCAUUUCUUUGUGUUUGUCACCGCAGAAAUGGGGAAACACUGCAACAACACAAUGAGACAUUUGUUAAGUGUGAAAUUACGCAUGUUGAAUUUAUACAAAACAUUAAAUUAAUUGUAAUUGUACGGUUUUAUUAAACUAAAUCCCACCGCACGGGGUGCGUUUGUUGGGAGUUCAUAGUGCCCUCUAGCGGCAGCAAGCCACCUUGUACUUUUUGUUCCUCUGUGAUUAUUCUUACUUGCUGUGCUUCAGUUUGACUGGUGAAGCUGAGCUGGUGAGUUAAUAUGUAUACAAAGUGUUUGUAACUUGAGUUAAAUAUCAUAAAUAUGUCCGUGCCAUUAAUGUAGCGAUGUUGUUUAUAUUUUGUGUUUUCCAGUUGAUUACCUGCUGACGGCACGAUCACUGUUUAAGUGCUAAAAGAAAAGCAUGUGUGGAGUUGCUGAUAAAAGGAAAUGAACACGUGAAAAAGAUAUUGAGUGUCGGAGCUGAGUGUGACUCUGUUUCGCCGGUCAAACGCACCCCGUGCGGUGGGAUUUAGUUUAAUAAAACCGUACAGUAAUUCAAAUAUGCGCUACAGCUUUGUAGUACGAUAAUUUAUAAACGUUGAACACAAGACUGAUGUGAACUGACCUCAGAGUCACACAAGAAGAGGGUUAUUGUGUUCAUAGUGUAUGAAUAUUUACCAAGUAAACAGGAUCGUGAGUCUUUGUUUUAACAUCAUGCACAUUGUCUACUUUGUCAUUUAGGUGUGUAGAUUUGACCUGAGCGGAGCAUCAUGUUCACAUUUUUUGUAUAAAGUAUAAAGUUUACAUCAGUAAAUGUACCAAUCAGCCCAAUUACAAGUAGGUUUAUAUGAAUUAUGGGUGCAAACGUCUUCUGAAUUCUUAACCAUUAGUUAUAUAUUGACUUUUAUAUAAUGUGACUUCCUGUAACUGUGAUCUGAACAUAUUUCUUUGUUUUUUUAUUUUGUUAUAAUAAGCGUCCCAAUAAAUGCUUCAAUAGAUAUCAGACCCUCAACACAUGAUAA